AUGUCUGGUCGAAGACGUCUGAAACGUAAAGAAUUAGAAAGUUAUUUACAAGACGUGGAUGUUUUUAAUCAACCGAAAGUUUUUUUAGAGCAGUAUCCAACAACACCUCAUAUUGCAGCGUGUAUGUUACAUACAAUCGAUGAAAAUGAUGAUAUCGAAGAUAAGAUUAUAGGUGAUCUAGGCGUAGGCUGUGGUAUUUUAUCUAUAGGCGCGGCUAUGUUAGGGGCUAGUUAUGUGGUAGGUUUUGAUAUAGAUGAAGAAGCUCUUUCUAUAUGUCAUCAGAAUUUAACAGAUUUAGAAAUUGAGAAUUAUGAUUUGGUACAGAUUGACAUCGAAACGAUGCUGGAGAAUUGCGGCAAGUUUGUAAAGAAAUUCGAUACGGUUGUUAUGAAUCCACCAUUUGGUACUAAACAUAAUGCAGGGCAGGCAGUUUGGUUUACGUCACGAUGA